GGCCAGCAGGUGGAGUAAAUCUGAAUUUGGAUAGAAGGACGCGCAUGCGCACUUACUAUUAUGGUUUCACAAACAUGUCUGCCUCCUGUCUGACAGCAGUUAGGGCAUCUCUCUCAGGUUCGCACGGCGCUUCCUGCCGGUGGUUCCUCCGGUGGCGGCCUCUGACCUCCACGGCGUGCCACCGUUCGCGGCUUCACGUCUCCUCCGCCGCCGGGCUGUCCAGCUCCAGAACCGAGCCGACGCAGAGCUCCGAGGCGGCCGACCCGGCUGCAGGGAGACCCGGGCAGGACGAGCCGGAGGGACCCGAGUACAUCCCCAGGAGGAAGGCCAAGAACCCCAUGAUGAAGAUAGGCUACGCUUGGAUGCUGGGACUCCCCGCGGGAAUAAUCGGCUUCAUUCUGGCCAAGAGACAAGUGGACAAGAACCGGCUGAAGCAGCUGAAGAUCAGGCAGAGGAUGAAACAAUCCAAUGAGGGCGACUAUGAGGGCAGUCGGUAUCGCCAGCACACUAAACUGGACCAGUGACCCAUCAGUUCAUCCGUAUCCCAUCCCCGAGCUACAUGUAAAUAAUAACUAUUGCCUGGUGUAAGGACAUGAAUCACAAGACGCCUCAGAUAGGAAACAAUUUAUUUUAUAUGACAAUGAAAACCGAUUGUUUUCUGUAAUAAAAAUCUGUUACCUAACAACAGCUAGAUGGGCUUUACAUGCUCAAUGCUUGACACUGUUGCUUUAAUAAAAUCAUUACGUGCAA